GUCUCUUUCUCCCAGCAAUUCCGCCAUCCCCUGCGGCUUGAGCACGGCCGGGUCCUGCCCUUCGCCUUCGCUUCUUCCUGGUAAAAAAAAAAAAGACAGAGCUUCUAGUCCACUAUAGACGAAAGGUCGCAGGGAACGGAGGGGCGAGGCGGCGGUGACGCCACGAACGCGCAGUUUGUUACUGCAAUCGCAGCUGCUAGUGGUGGCGAGGCCGCAUGGGCCAUGGGAGGGUGAGGGAGAGGGAGUAGUAGUUGCUGGUGUUUGGUGGCCGCGUAGGUCUCGUGGGUUUGCGUACCCUGCCGAUCCCCGUCCCUAUCCGCCCCGUCUCGUCAGGCUCCUCUCUCUUCAACUUCACCUUCCUUCCUGGCUUUCCUCCCCGCUUCCUUCUUCCGCAGGGGUCAGCCAGCCAGGCCAGAUAAGAUUUGCUCUGCUUUGGUUAGGCUACCGCACCGCCGCGCCGCGCUGUGCUGGGCUGGGCUCCGGGGUGGGGGUUGUUGAAACCGUCAAGGAACGGGGACGUGGGGUGGGGGCCAAGGAAGGUGACGCUGGUUUCUUCGUCGAUCGAUCCCUUCCGCCUCCCUCCGGAUUCGCUCUGUGUUCUUGUUCCUCCGCUGUUUCUCGAUUGAUUGGUUGGGUGAUUCUGCCCUGCCCCCCGCCGCGGAUUCGGUGGAAUCUGAUUCGCCGUUGGACGGGCGGGAGAGAUUGGAUUCUUCUUGGUGCUGGUGCCGGUGCGCGCGGCGUAAUAAUCUGAUAAGAAAAAGGAAAAGAUAGAAGAAGCAGGAAGGGAGGAGCAUCGGUUCUUGGUUGUGCUGGUGGGAAUCGCGGUCGGGGGAGUCCGAUCUUGGCGACGCGGGGAGGUCUUCCUCUUCCCACGGAGCCCCGGCGGGGACCGGCGGCGACCACGGCCACGGCGAUGGCCGACGGGCUGGAUCGGUGGCGCGACUUCUUCCGUGGCGCCGGCGCCGGCAUCUGCGACGUGAUCGAGAACGCCAUCCUCGUGGCGGCGGCCGACGCGCCGCGGGAGCUCCUGCACCGCCGCGACCGCAUCGCCGAGAGGCUCUUCACCACGCUCCGCCGCGACGCGGCGCCGCCGUCCUUCGGCAGCGCCGCGGCGUCCACCACCCCGGCCACUCCCGUUGAGGAGGACAAGGGCAGCGUGCGACGCGUCGCCGAGAAGGAGUGCAAGGUCGACAGCAGCAGCAACGGUGCCCACGGCGGUGGCGGCCAUGGCCACGGCGAUGAGGACGAUGACUCUGACUCUGACGACGAGCGCCUCCGCCGCGCCGCGGCGAGCAACUACGGCCACAGUUACGAUGAUGAUGACGAAGAUGACGACCAACAGCAGGAAGAUGAGCAGCAGCACGCCGCGGAUGAUACAGAAGAAGGGAAAGAAGAAGAAGACCACGAGGCUGAGGAGCUUGAGGCGCUCACCAAUGAGAUCGAUGAGGAGUCUCAGAUCGUCGGCGAGGUCAUCCGCAUCAAGGAACUCCUCUUGCACAAGGAAGAUCAUUCGGAUGCCACUUUGUUCGAAUCACUGAGGAGGCUGCAGUUGAUGCAGUUGUCUGUCUCUACGCUAAAGGCUACUGAGAUUGGAAGAGCCGUUAAUCGGCUGCGGAAACACAACUCACAAGAGAUUCGGCACCUUGUGCGCACUCUCAUUGAAGGUUGGAAAGUUUUGGUUGAUGAAUGGGUCAGUACUACAAAUGCUGCCCUGGCAGAGAACUCCCCUGGCUCUUCAAAUCCUUCCGUUGUGGAUGAAGAAGAAGAAGAAGGGCUUCCUUCUCCACCUUUAGACGAAGGGGCCUUCUUUGCUACCCAGACCACUUCUAUUCAACUCUCUGAGUUUUUUGAUGAAAUGGAUGAAGAUGGAAAUUUGAGACAUAAUAAUGACAUGAGCCUUGGAAGCAAGAGGGGUAAUAAUGGUGGGAGACUUGCAAACCAUUCAGCAGUUGCAAGGCAAGAGCCUCCUCGUUCUUCUCCUGGAGUUGUCGAAAAAGUUCAAUCCAGGAGGCCGGAAUUGGCAAGGCAAGAGCCACCAAUGAGGCAAGCAAUCCCACAAAACCCCCCAAGUUCAAGUUUGCAUGCCAAACCUCAUGGCGUGCUCAACAAGCAAUCUAAUCCCUCAAGUUAUGAAUCUGGACCGGGGAGACCAUUAAAGGCAGCUCAGCAGAGACCACUUGGUGACAUGAAACCUAAACAGACUCGAGAGCACAUUGCAAUUGAAAGAAAACCUAUGGCAAGCCAGAUGGAUAAAUCAAGGCUUGGCACUCAAUCUUCGGCAGGAGCCAAGCUAGAGUUGGCAAAGCCAAAGGUUUAUGAUGAUGGUUUGGAUAAUAACAGGAAGUUGGAAGCGGCAAAGCGAAGGCUCCAGGAGCGUUACCAGGAAGCGGAGAAUGCCAAAAGGCAACGCACGAUACAAGUAAUGGAGCUGGGUGACAUACCAAAGCCCAAGCAUCAAAACAGACAACCGAUGGUGAAGUCCAGGAAUAACCUUAGGAAUUGGGCGAAUGGGCGGCGCUAACUCCUCUGUGAUUUUUUUGACCUCACUUGAUGAAUUGUUGCCAUGCCUGCCUUGUCCGAUCAUGCGUUUAUGCUCAUUCAAGAGCAGCUGAAACCAGCUGCCAGGACUAGAACAACUUUUUUUUUGAACAGAACCUCCAAUGGAGGGUUUCCCCAUGAAGUCGCAGGAGUCGCACUUGAUGCCAAGAGUGAAGCUCCUGCGGUAGGAGAGUUUAGCCAUGUCUGGAUAAUUGUAGAGUGGACAUGUAGCUCGAUUUGUAUCGGCUGGUUCUUUUCUUCUUAAUUUCUUCUUCAAAGGAAGCUGUAGAUACCAGAUAGAAUAAUCAGCAAUAUUUGGUACAUCCCUUUCCCUACCUUCA